GAAAUAGCAUAGAUUGCAGUGUGAUGGGCUAUAGUCCAAUAUCGAGGAACUGUACCAUAGUAACCAGCGCACUAAACAGAGUAAAGAAGGUUUCGUCUACGGAGUUCGGCCAUCCUUGUUGGUCUGCAACUUCUGUAGUUACUAGCGGGUAACAAAUGGCAACCAACACAAGUUUUCAACUGUUUUCAUCAUCUAAGGAUAAACCCAGUUUGGGUUUAGGGUUCUUGGAGUCCUCGGAGCCGCAGCUGCCACCUCCUCCUCCCUCUGUCGAAGUCCUCUCCUCAGAGGUUUCUUCUUCUGUGAAAUACACUGUGGAGCCUGUCAACUUGGAUGGCCUUACUUUACUCAAGGGAAGGGUGAGUACUAAAGAGGUUCUUGGGUUGCCUAACUCGGAUUUAGUCCCUGGAAUAUAUGAAGGGGGACUUAAGCUAUGGGAAGGUUCAUUAGACCUUGUUAAAGCUCUGCGCUCUGAGAUUCAAAAUGGUUGUCUAUCAUUUGAGGGAAAACGAGUGUUAGAGCUUGGAUGUGGUCACGGACUUCCUGGGAUAUUUGCAUGUCUCGAGAGUGCAGCUGAGGUGCAUUUUCAGGACUUCAAUGCUGAGGUCCUACGGUGUCUCACUAUCCCAAAUGUAAACGCAAAUCUCUUGGAGAAGGCUAAACCUGAAACUGUAUCAGAAGUGCGCUUCUUUGCUGGUGACUGGGGUGAGAUUCAUCAGUUACUUCCUCAUGCACGUGAAAGUGAAAUAAACUUGACUUCUAGCUCAGAACAUGGCCAAGCUUCUGCUUACGAUGUUAUUUUAAUGGCUGAGACGAUUUACUCAAUCUCAGCGCAAAGGAAUCUCUAUGGACUUAUAAAGAAGUGCAUGAACCAGCCAAAUGGAGUUGUAUACUUGGCUGGAAAGAAGCAUUAUUUUGGUGUAGGAGGGGGAACACGACAAUUUCUUUCCAUGCUUGAGAAAGAAGGUGUUAUGGCUGCAACUCUUGUUACUGAAGUUGCCGAUGGUUCCUCUAAUGUACGGGAGGUAUGGAAGCUUUCGUAUAAGUAGAUCCACAAUUUUGGUUCAUUGGGAUAUUGACUAUGCUACAAUGCUGAACAUGAUUGAUUUUCAGGAAAUGUUCUUCUACAUAUGUGAACGAUAUAUAUGAUUAUUAUAUUUCAUGAAUAUUCCCAGUAGUUAUGUUUAAUAGUCUUCUUAUUCUCUAUCAUGGUCCAGAAAUUUAUCAUUGGAACUAAAAAUGAACAACUCCCUAUCUAAAACUUUGUAUUCUUUUGCAUUACUUAGCUAAGAGCUCGGUGUUAUGUAGGACUUCUAUUUUCUCUUUUUAGUUAAAAGAGUUUUUCAUAUAUUUAAAAGUUUAUAUAUUGGCAUA